UCUCUAUGGUGCGUUUUGUCACGCUGAUGGAUGACGUCUCCGGCUGCAUGUUUCCGGUCAACACGUGUGUGCUGCUUCCAUAGGAGAAGUGUGCGGGAGGAUUUUUUGAGCGAUCGCUAAUCAGAGCUAGGGCGUGUGUAUUGUGAUCGGUCCACUCUGCUGUUCAGCCAUGAAGGAAGACGUGGGAAGAAUUUUAAUUCAGUUUAAAAAUGAAAGUGGCGAAGUGCUUGGAUCUUCCUUUGAUAUACCUGUGGAUAUAACACCUGACAAACUGCAGCUGGUCUGCAAUGCUCUUAUACAGGAGGAGGAACCUGUGCCACUUGCCUUUUUUGUCCAUGAUGUGGAGAUUGUGACAUCUUUGGAAAAAACCUUGGAGAAGCAGACUGUGGAAACGGAAAAGGUUUUGGAUAUUAUUUAUCAGCCACAAGCUGUGUUCAAGGUCCGUGCCGUAACGCGUUGCACUAGUUCUUUGGAGGGGCAUUCUGAAGCUGUGAUCUCAGUCGCGUUCAGCCCAACUGGAAAGUACUUGGCCAGUGGAUCAGGAGAUACCACGGUACGCUUCUGGGACCUCAGCACAGAGACACCACACUUUACUUCCAAAGGGCAUACACAUUGGGUGCUCAGUAUUGCUUGGUCACCAGAUGGAAAAAAACUUGCAUCAGGCUGUAAGAAUAGUCAGAUUUUUAUAUGGGACCCAAACACAGGAAAUCAGAUUGGUAAAACACUGAUCGGACACUCCAAAUGGAUCACAUGGCUGAGCUGGGAACCUCUUCACUUGAACCCAGAGGGCAGAUACCUUGCCAGUGCAUCCAAGGACGGUAGCGUGCGUAUCUGGGAUACUGUCUUGGGUCAGUGCCAGAAGAUACUUACCAGCCACACACAAUCUGUGACUUCUGUGAAAUGGGGAGGAGAUGGCCUGCUUUAUUCCUCUUCCCAGGACCGAACAAUAAAAGUCUGGAGAGCAAGUGAUGGAGUUCUUUGCCGCACUCUUCAAGGUCAUGCUCACUGGGUUAAUACUAUGGCAUUAAGUACAGACUAUGUUCUUCGAACUGGGGCCUUUAAUCCUGCUGAAGCCUCCAUCAAUCCCCAGGACAUGCAAGGCUCCUUGGAGGUACUAAAGGAAAAAGCCUUGCAGCGAUACAAUCAAGUUCGGGGACAAGCUCCUGAGAGACUUGUGUCUGGCUCUGAUGAUUUCACACUCUUCCUCUGGGCUCCAGCUGAAGAUAAGAAGCCAUUGCAAAGAAUGACUGGACACCAGGCUCUAAUCAAUGAGGUCCUCUUUUCACCUGACACUAGAAUCAUCGCCAGUGCUUCCUUUGAUAAAUCAGUCAAGCUGUGGGAUGGAAAAACUGGCAAAUACUUGGCAUCUUUGCGUGGCCAUGUAUCUGCUGUGUAUCAGAUUGCUUGGUCAGCAGAUAGCAGGCUGUUGGUCAGCGGAAGCAGUGACAGUACGCUCAAAGUCUGGGAUACUAAAACCAAGAAGCUGGCUGUGGAUCUCCCAGGACAUGCAGAUGAGGUCUAUGCUGUUGACUGGAGCCCUGAUGGGCAAAGAGUAGCCAGUGGAGGAAAAGAUAAAUGUUUAAGGAUAUGGAGAAGAUGAGCCUACAGAAACAGACGUGGUUGGUGAAACAUGGUGUACAUUCAUUGGAAAGAUGAUCAUUUGGUCAGGUCUAUACCAGCUUGAGUAGGAUGCAAAAUUCCUGAUAUAAAGAAGACCAACUAUUGGAAAUUAAGCUGUAUGAAUACAGCUUUGCACACUGUUGAGGUUCCCUCUGAAUUUUCUUACUUUAAGGAAUCUACGUUUUUGAAGGGAGGCUACAAUAUACAAAAUUUGAAAUGGACAGAACAAAUGUUUCUAAAUGUCUUCUACUCCAUGUGGAAAAGCCACCCAGCUAAUUUUAAGACUGAGUUCUUUUCUCCCAGCAGAACAUUUUUAGCAACCCAGCAGUGGGAGUUGGGUUAUUGUCCUUUGUUUGAAAAUGUGAUAAUUCUACCAUCAAGUGUUGUCACAACUUCUUGCCUAUGGUUUAAAGAAGUCUUGACAAACUGAGUCCUCCUGUCCCCCAGGUACAAAGCGCGUGUAGCACUGGGUCCUGUAUGUCUACAUUAUGUGGAUGCUGAGCUAGUGUGGUUGACGCACUGCCAGCCAACCACGCUGCGUGCAAGGAGACACUAUACAAAAAAAAAUUUCCAGCCCAUUCUUGAAAAAUGAACAUUUGGCCAUGAGAACAACCGAUAGUGCCAUCAUGUAAUGUCCGAUAAAUCGUUCAAUGGACAUAAAUCCUUCUGUUUUUUUCAGUUCAGUGCAAAGUUUUUGGACUGGCAACACCUUAACCUUUCAAUUUAUUCAUUCGGCAGAAUUUUCAAAUUUGUCUUUUUGUUUUUUUUGUCUCAAACGUCCCUACCAAUUUCUGCCCAUUAACUCCCUGAAAAACGAACAACCUGUCGAAAUGACCGAUUUUUCAGACGAUUUUUUAUUUUUUCUUCAUCUAGUGUAUGGCCAGCAUAAUGGCUAUUGAGUGCUCAUUGACAAUGCUGGCCAAAGCGCAAGCACUUCUGCACCUAGCAACUGAACUGGAAGGAGAAAAAUAACUUCCUGGCUGCUGAUUCACAGUACUGUGCAAAAGUCUUGGGCAGGUGUGAAGAAAUGCUGUAAAUUAAAAGAAUGCUUAUAAAAUAUAUACUUUAAUUGUUUACAAUGCAAAUUGAGUGAACAGAAGAAAAAUUAAUCCAGACUCGAUAAUGUUGAUCAGGGCUCUACUAUCACUUGCAGGACUCCUUUUACACAGUACUAACGUUGUUCUCCACGUUGAAACUCUUUCACUGUACAAGCAGGGGGAGCACAAAGACAGGAAUGGAAGAACUAAGGCAUGGAUUUUCUGCAGUGUGUUAGCAUUUCAUUGGGAAAGCAAAUAAAGGCAUUUAUGCUUUUUAUAUACA